UGGCGUCCCCACACACAGUUUCCAGCAAGGAGGAGAUAACUAUCCCAGAUAUUGAUAUGACAAUAUUCCAAGAUAUUCAGUUCCAACCAGAACAUGACCUGCCACCAUUUGAUGGUAAGCUAGUAGACAUUAUCUUAGAGGAACCACUGCCAGGGGAUUUACAGAUGGGCAAGUUCCUAUCUCCUGUCAAGGUGCCACAGUAUGAAGAGAUGCAACAAGAUCUAGUCCAAGGUUUAUUAUCACCGAAAGAAAGAACACCCAUGACAAAACCUGAUAAAUCUAGUGUACCAGAAAGGAGGGCACCAGUUUCAUCUCCUGGGGUUACUCCAAUGCCACAGCCAGAGGAACCAGUAUUGAGACCUAGGAGAGCUAGAGCAAGUUUCACACUGCAGUUGUCCCCUGUCCCACCAAGUCCUAGAAGACAAAGAAAAAGACGUCAUUUGUGCAUUGAUGCCCAAUGUCAAAUACUCAAAGAUCAGUUGAAACAAAAUUUCACAAAUAGAGAAGAUAUUAUGAGAACUUUUGUUUUACCUGAUUUGAAGAAGUCCUCAGUACAAGAUUUGUUCAACAAUCCAGGACGACCAGCAAUGGCUAGACAGCCGCAGCUAUUACAGCUAUGGAGAAGGAAUGCAGUUUAUGGGUUGCUGGAGACAGAUUCAGACAUUGGACAACCUGCAUGGAGUGUGCCUGACUUACUUGGAGAUGAUGAACCCAGAUCAACCCGCAGUAAAAGAAGACUGGUUUCACAAUCUGUCCCACAGUUAUCUCCUGUCCAACAGCAACAGGAACCAGAGAUUCAAAUACAGGAACAUGAGUUGCCAAGACCUGAUUUGGAGGCUAUACCGGAACAUGUUAUGGAAGAGCAGCCAUCAACUGAAAUGAUGAGAGAAGGUUCCCUGUCUAGGAGUCGUCUGCUAGAUGAUACACCAGUAUCUAUUCACCAGAGGAGUACUCAUUCAGAGGCAGACAAAAGUAAAGAUUUGGAUAAGAGUAAAGGGAAAGAGGAACCAACCCUUAGCAAAUCCAAAAGGAAAUCUAGAUCUAAAGGCAGCAUUUCAACAGAGGAAGAAAUGGAUCUGAAUUUAAUACCAGAUAUAUCUGAAAACCAAUCAGUGCUCCAGGAAUCUCUGGCACAACUGUCCUCCAUUAUGGAAGAACCUCAGAUUCCUAUAACACCUGUUCCUCUGCCUGUUAUUACUACUACUACACCCACAGCAGCUGAACUUCUCAGGCUGAUCAGACGAUAUACAAGAGAGGAAGAAUGGACAACAUUUCAAGCAAUUUGUUCACCAAAGCAAUUUGACAGAACUCAAGCAGCAAAAAUAUUUUCUGAUUUGAUAGAUUUGUGCCGAGCUAAAAAGGUAAAAUGUGAGCAAGAGGAAGCCACAUCUGGAGAACAUCUUAAUGGAUCCUUUCACUGGGUGGAUGUCUGUAUUGUCUACAUGGUGAUGUUAUGA